UUCAAGCUGUUAUGUGACCUUGAUUACAUACCGAGCACUGUGAUGUCACUACAAGCGUCUGGUAUGCUAGUUGGAAGUCUUGUUGCCGGGCAACUCUCGGACACUUUUGGACGAAAACGGCCUUACUUUGCCGGAAUCAUCAUCGUAAUCGUCUUCAAUUUUAUCGGUUUUAUGUCUUCAAACUGGAUUAUGUUUGCUGUCUCGCGAUUUUUCAUCGGUAUUGGUGCUGGAGACUUCAUCAGCGUUCAACAUUGCAUUUUAUCCGAGUUUAUGUCGGCGAAAUGGCGUCCGUGGAUCACAGGGUUCCCUUCCUGGCCAUUACAAGUGUGCGCUCUGGCUCUUGUGUCCUGGUUGAUUAAAGACUGGCGCUAUAUACAAUUAUUUUGUUGUUUACUAGGAAUACCAUUCUUGUUUACUUGGUUCGUCAUACCAGAAAGCUUUCGUUGGUUUGUGGCACAUGACCGUCCCGCCGAUGCACAAAAGAUUAUAGAACAAUGGGCAAAGAUAAACAAUAAGCCUGUACCAGAAGUUGGAAAUACAGUUAUAAUUGAGAAAGAAUCAACCAAAGAGAUGGACAAGAAAUACACUUUCAUACACCUGUUUAAGUCAAAGGAACUUACAAAAAUCACUCUCUUACUGGCUAUUAAUUGGCAUGUUUAUUAUCCUGUUUUUUUCUCUUGUAUUUUUGUUAUUUCCAAUGAUCGAUUAAGUUUUACUUAUGUUAAUCUUUUUCAUUGUAAAAGCUAUUUUAUGUUUAAACAUGUUUUUAAAACAGGCUCGUUAAAUCAAACAAGAAAUGUUACAUCAUAUUUCAUCAACAAGCGAUCCGGGAGACAAAGCGAUACAUAAUUAAUUUUGUUGUUUGAAUUAGUCCUGCAUUGAGGUGUGCAUUGGCAUUUAAAACUAUCACCUAUGCAUUAAGCAUUAUAACAUUUGGAAAUACAGUCACAGACUGUCCAUGUUACCUUGUGCGAUUUUAUUUGAACAAUAGACCUGCGAUUGUAUUU